CGCGACUGUAAACAUCGUAUCUAUACAUGUGUUGCCACCGCGAGACUGGAAACGUGUCGAUUUUUCGUGCAGUAGCAAAGUAGCAUAGAGAAGAAGAAUGGAUCACUCCUUGCGUUCAAUAUUAAUUUUAAUAGUUUCUUUAAUAUGUUUCGAAAAUGGUGCUUAUACGGAAACGCAGAGUGAAGAUAAAUCGUGUUAUUCGUUUGCGGGUGGAAGUGUCUAUCCUACCGGUGAAAAACAUGCAGGACAUCAACUGCACACGACAGAAGCAGUCAUCGGGAAACCAGCGCCAUACUGGGAGGGCAACGCAGUCGUUGAGGGAGAGUUCAAGGACAUUAAGUUGACCGACUACGCGGGAAAAUAUCUCGUUUUUUUCUUUUAUCCACUCGAUUUUACGUUUGUUUGUCCGACCGAAAUUUUGGCCUUUUCUGAACGAAUUGAUGAAUUUCGAAAACUCGGGGCUGAAGUCGUUGCAGCCUCUGUGGACUCUCAUUUCACACAUUUAGCAUGGACUCACACUCCAAAAAAAGAAGGAGGAUUGGAAAAAAUAAAAAUUCCUCUUUUAUCUGAUCUUACGCACAAAAUAUCCAAAAACUAUGGUGUUUAUCUGGAAGAUCUGGGCCACACACUCCGUGCUCUAUUUAUUAUUGAUGGAAAAGGGAUUUUACGUCAAAUUACAAUGAAUGAUCUCCAAGUUGGACGAUCCGUGGAUGAGACCCUGAGAUUAGUUCAGGCUUUCCAAUAUACUGACGAACAUGGAGAAGUUUGUCCUGCUGGAUGGAAGCCAGGGCAAGACACCAUUAUUCCAAAUCCGGUGGACAAGAAGAAGUUUUUCAGAAGAACAUAUCUGUGAAUAUAUUUGUACAGAAACAUUGUUUUUUAAUCGGAAAAAUAUACUCUUUUCAAAAUAA